CUCGCGAAUGGGCACACGCAUGCCCAAUUGCUGCCGCCGUAUGGAAUUUAUCGAAUUUUUCCGAACCGCCGUCAGAGUCAUGCAGCGCGAGAGCUGGGACGCUGUCCGUCGCGGGACUUCCCGGACAUUUUCCAUGGAGGCUCGCUAAGCGAAUCAUCCUCCCUGCUCUAUUAGUUCGUUUUCGUCUUCAGUUCAACCCUUUCGGAGAGACACGCUGCGUGCUCGAGCUCCAUUAUGACGGUCGUUAGGUGAAUCGAGGGGCACAAAAUGGGAGCAGCAAACAGCAGAGCUGCCGAAAAGCAAGGCGGCCCGACGGAGAACUCGUCGACAGCUGACGAGAACGGCGAAAACAACUCGCAGGCCGAAGACGAGCCCGGAGACGAGGAUGAGGGCCUCAAGAUGUCCAUCCAGAGGUUCAGGCGCCGUCGGACGGACAGUGAGUGCAGCGAUGGCGGCGACAUGGAAACUGCCCAGCGGCUGACCAGUGAGGAGGGCGGCGACGCGGCCGCGAUGGAACAGUCGUACUUCGAGCUGCCGGCGCCGCCGGACGGUGGCUACGGCUGGGUCAUCGUGUUCGCCAGUUUCAUGUGCAACAUGAUCGUGGACGGCAUCGCCUACACCUUCGGCGUCUUCCUCGACGACUUCGUCACGCACUUCAACGAGGGCAAGGGCACCAUCGCCUGGGCCGGAUCUCUCCUCUCGGGCAUGUACCUCAGCGUCGGACCGCUUGUGUCGGCGCUGGCGAACAAAUUCGGCUGUCGGGCGGUUUGCAUCGCGGGCUCGGUGCUGUCGUGCGUGGCCUUUGCGCUGUCCACGCUGUCGCCGAACGUGACCGUGCUGAUGCUGACCUACGGGGUCAUGGGUGGCAUCGGCUUUGGCCUCAUCUACCUGCCGGCCGUGGUCGCCGUCGGCUACUACUUCGAAACCAAGCGCUCGCUCGCCACCGGAAUCGCAGUGUGCGGCUCGGGGGUUGGCACCUUCGCCUUCGCACCCUUGGCCGACUACCUGCUCAAGACGUUCGGCGGGUGGCAGGGCGCCAACCUCAUUCUCGCAGGACUCAUUCUCAACUGCGCUAUCUUUGGAGCCCUGAUGAGACCAUUAGAACUGGUGCCAGUGUACGACAUGGAAGACAACGGCGAGAAGAGAAAACCUCUGCUGCAAAGAAUGGCGGAGGAGAAGAGGUUCGCCAUGGAGCGAGGAUCGAUUUCCGACAGUUUAGCAGGGUCCAGUUACUUUAUGGUUCAGUUGCCUGACGGCAGUAUGGAGAAAAGACUUAAAAUGCCUAUCAACAUUGACCCAGGAGUGCAUUCUAGUUUCAACCUAGACCAACUCAUCCCAGGAACCCCCGUGACCCCGAACCCCACUCUGCCCACAAUUUCCGAGUCCAAGCCAAUCGACAUCCCAAAGAUUGAGCGGCAGGACGUUGACCAAAUGGCCACGUCCGCGUCGCCGCCGGCACCGUCUUCACUGCCGAAGCCUUCGCUCCUGUCCCACGUCCCCGGCAUCACGGGUCUGCCGCGAAACGCGUCCCAGCCGGCCUUUUCCACCAACCCGGGCGGCAUCCCCAAGAACGGCAGCGUGCCCUUCUUCGACCGCAUGCGCAAAUCUAGUCUGGGCACGCAGCAGCAGACCAAGGGCGGAAACCAGCAGAACCUCGGCGUGCCCAACCGAUCCAAAACCAACCUCUCUUCGGGCCAUGACCUGCGCAAAAGCCUCCAGCUGCGCCUCAGCACCUCGUCCUUUUUGGGAGCCUCUCGAAACAACAACACCGAAGACAUCGAGUCACUCGCCCUUUCGAAGACCUCGCUGGCCAAAACCUCGCAAAUAAUGCUUCGCCCUCUCUCUCGCAAAGACAUUUUCUACUCUGGCAGCGUGGCCAACUUGCCCGAAUUCCGUCUGAGUCAAAAGUCACUGACCAUGUAUCGCCAGUCGGUCAUCUCGCUGCCGAAACUCAAAGCUGGAUCCGAGAUUGACGGCCACAUUCCCCUGGAGCCUGAGACUGGCGGCUGCUGCCCUCCGAGUGUGAGCUCUGUUUUGGCCAGCAUGAUGGACACGUCCCUCCUGAAGGACCCUGUUUUCAUGAUGAUCGGCAUUUCUAACAUUUUCGGAAUGCUCGGCCUCUAUAUUCCCUUUGUGUACCUAGUGGAUGCAGCAACUCAAGAGGGCGUCGAAAAAUCUAAAGCUACGUUUUUACUGUCAAUUAUCGGCAUAGUCAAUACUGUAGGACGCGUUUUGUGUGGAUUCGUUGCUGAUCUGCCUCAGGUAAAUACUCUUUUGAUGAACAACAUUUGCUUGGUUCUGAGCGCCCUUGCUGUUGCCGCAACUCCCUUCUGCUACGACUACACAACUUUCUGCUGCAUGGCCAUAGUAUUUGGAAUAGGCAUUUCUGGCUACAUUUCCCUCACUUCUAUUAUUCUCGUUGACCUGCUUGGCUUGGACAAAUUAACUAACGCAUUUGGCCUGCUCAUCUUAUUCAGAGGUUCUGCAGCAAUUGUUGGUUCACCACUUGCCGGCGCAAUUUACGACGCAACCAAAAACUACACCGUGCCCUUCCUGAUGGGAGGUUUUUUCUUCUUGCUGGCGGCUGGCUUUUCUUUCGCUGCCCAACCUUUGAGGAACUGCCUGAACAGGCGUGGCGGCGGCGCCGUUUUCGAACAGAGCCCUGAGGAGGACGACCUGGCGCAAAACCGCGGCUUCCUCGACCCCAUCACUGAGGAAAACGAACACAACACAGUGACCGCGCGCGAGGGCGCCAUCCUCGCGCAAAAACUGCAAAAGGAGAAAGUGCAACAAAUCGAGUCGGUCCUUUAACGAUUUACAAAAUAAAAAAGAUAGAAAAACGCGAGAAAAGUCUUGCAGAGCGUGACGUACGAACGUGAAAAGGUGUCAAUGGAAAAAAAGGACACUGCUUAUUUUUUCAAACUUUCAUCGUGCCAUCAUUGUUAAAAAUUGUACUUCUACGGAAAAAACGUAUGUAUGGUUUUGCAGAGAGUUCCGACGAACGAGGAAAAAUCAUUUAUGUCUUACACAAUUUUUAAGAUUAUAUUGCUGCGUAUGUUAAAACGAAGAAGUGAUAUUUAAUUUUUACUGCUGGAGUACUUGGGGUGUGAAUACAAACUGAAUGUAUUUUAAGCGCGAGACUCACUCUCUCCGUGUUCUUUUUUUGCUAAGUUUUAUUUAGAAUGCUAAACAAACUCAAUUAUUAACAAUGAAAGGCAUUCCAAAGCAAUUUUAAUUAACGAGUCUUAUAUUCCUCUAGCCUUAAACUCUGAUGUUAAAAGAUAACGUCUGAAAAUUCAUGACUCGAAAAUGAAACAUACAAUUUCAAACACACGCGCCAUAUAAUUAUAAAAAAAAAAAUGCAACACAAAUUAAUAUGUAC